GUAUUACCCCUGAGGUCUUGCACAUGGCCUUGAGGUCUACCACACCCUAAAUGUUUGUCUGUUCCCUUUUGUGUAUGGUUUAUAAAUGAUUAAGGUUUAUGAAGUAAACCAUAUCCUUCAGAACAAUGAUGACCAUAAGGUCUGAGUUCUACCAGGCCCUGAGUUCUUGCACAGGUGAUGAGCUCUGCCCAGUGUGCACAGAGGCAGGAGCAAGGAGGGCAGUUUCAUUCGUAGCUGCUUAUCGUUCAGCACCAGGAUCGGGAUUGGCGGGAGAGAGACGUCCAUUGAAGAAGUCCGAAGGUCCAAGGGCAAGAGAUAUUGCGGCAACAGUUGCAGUAUCAAUACCCUCUAAAUCUGAGGGCAAUUGAUUAAGAUCAAAUGGGAGAAAAGGGUCCAUUGAAGGCUAAUGUUGGGAGAAAGGGAGCAUUGAAGGCUAUUAAUGGAAGGAGUAAAUGUUGUUAUUUAUAGAAAGGACUAGGAAAUGAAAUUUUAGGAGGGAAAUGAAUUCUUUUGGAUUUUAAUUUUCAUUGUUUCCCUCUAAAUGUAAUGGUAAUAAUGUAGUGUUCCCCAU